AUGCGUUUGUUUAUGGUAAUUGCAAUUUUAAUAUUCGCAAUGCCAAUGACUGGAUUCGGCUGGGCUGAGGGCACCAACAUCCUUCUCGAUCCCAAUCUAAUGUGCAAAAAGACACGUCGCCUUCGUGGCAAGUUGGCCGAAAUCUGCCGUCACGAUUCGGCCCUGCUCAAAGAGAUCAUCAUCAAUGGCAUCAACCUGGGCUUCCGCGAAUGCGAGUUCCAAUUCCGUAAUCGCCGCUGGAAUUGCACAGUUCUACGCAAAAGCAUGAGGAAAAUCUUAAUGCGCGAUUCCCGUGAAACGGGUUUUGUGAACGCCAUCACAGCUGCCGGCGUGACCUAUGCUGUGACCAAGGCCUGUACCAUGGGUCAGCUGGUGGAGUGUUCCUGUGACAAGGCGCACAUGCGCCGUAAUGGUGGUCAGCCGGUGAUGGUCACCGCUGCCACAGCUGAGGCCACCUUGGAGCGGCAACAGCAGGCGGCAAUGCUCCGGCAACAUUUGCCCCUCCAGGAUCAGCCACAUCUCAACCAGCAGCAGCAGCGAUUGAAUCGCAAUAACAACAUGACGGAUAUAUCUCUAAUAGAGCAUCGAAAUGGAAGGAAUCGGAAGCCUGGUGGAGGUCGGCGGGGGCGUCGCAAGUUCUGGGAUAAUAUCAAAUUUCCCGAUGGUCAGUGGGAGUGGGGUGGUUGCAGUGACAAUGUGAACUUUGGUCUGCGCCACUCGAGGGUUUUCCUGGAUGCCAAGCAAAGGCAGAGGCGAAGCGAUCUGGGGACCUUGGUCAAGUUGCAUAACAAUAAUGCAGGAAGAUUGGCCAUUCGUGAUGCCAUGCGGCUGGAGUGCAAAUGCCAUGGCCUCUCCGGCUCCUGCACCGUGAAAACCUGCUGGUUGAAGAUGCCUCCCUUCCGGGAGGUGGCUGGGCGCCUGCGCGAUCGCUAUGACAGUGCUCGGAAGGUGGCGCUGCGCAACGAUGGCAACAGUUUUAUGCCGGAAAAUCCAAGGGCAAGACCGGCUAAUAAGUACCAACUUGUAUUUGCGGAUGAAUCGCCCGAUUUCUGUGCGGCAAAUCCGAAAACGGGAGCCCUGGGCACCCAGGGCAGGGAGUGCAAUGUGACCAGUCCGGGAUCCGAUCGAUGCGAUCGAUUGUGCUGCAAUCGAGGACACACCCGGAGGAUCGUCGAGGAGCAGACCAACUGCAAGUGCGUCUUCAAAUGGUGCUGCGAGGUGACCUGCGAAAAGUGCCUGGAGCAUCGAGCGGUCAAUACAUGCCUUUGAUUGAUCAAAUCAUUCAUUAUUAUUUGUAUUAUUUUCUUCGGUUUAGUCAGGAAUAUAGAAUUUUGAAAGCUUUCCAUUUCGCGUGAUAGAAAAACACAAACAAACACAUACACACUUACAGAAAAAACGUUCUAAGUAUUAACUAACAAGUAAACACGAGUAUCUCUAAUCUUUUAGCUAGUUGUAAAUACAAAUUAAAAAGAAAAAUCACACCACAAACACAUAAAACAUGCCUACGUUAUAUCAUAUAUUCAUAUGCAUUCAUGUAAGCUUUGUAAAUAGUUGUAAUAAAAACAAA